UUCAAUUAUUUCAUUUGAGAGAUUGCUUAUUCUCAGGUUGCUUGAUCCAAUGUACUGUAUGAAAUAGUGCCGAGGUUAAAUAUCUCCGAAUCACGGCUGUCACAGGGAAGGUAGAGUAGGUCCCUCUCUCCACCGGGCCAUCUGACUGCCAUUUGAAACGCAUUAAUAGUGCUUUUCCAAUUCCAGGCCUUUACUUGCUUGUACAGAUCGACAAAAUCAGGCGCAGCAGAGAGGACAAGCAACGAUGGCAGCACCCGUCAUCAUCGUUGGAGGAGGUCUUGCGGGGCUCGUAGCUGCAACAGAACUCUCCAAAAGAAAAGUCCGUGUAAUCAUUGUCGAUCAAGAGAACGAAUCAAACCUCGGUGGCCAAGCAUUUUGGUCAUUAGGAGGCAUCUUCUGCGUCAACUCGGCCAACCAGCGUCGUUUAGGAAUCAACGAUAGUCGCGAAUUGGCGAUGCGGGACUGGUUAAACACUGCUAGAUUCGACCGGGAAGAAGACUUUUGGCCUCGGAAGUGGGCGGAGGCAUUCGUGAACUUUGCGACGGAUCAACUGGAAACUUAUGUGAAAGAGGCUGGUUUGUCCUUUGCAACUGUUGGCUGGGCAGAACGUGGCAGUGGGAGUGCGAACGGCCACGGGAACUCAGUCCCCCGGUUUCAUACCACCUGGGGAACAGGGCCAGCAGUUGUGGAGGCGUUCGAGAAGCCAGUUCGCGAUGCAGCGAAGAAAGGAAUCAUCGAGUUCAAAUUUCGGCACCGAGUAGAUGAGCUUAUCGUUGACGAGGACACUGGUGCGGCGAUUGGAGUUCGCGGCCACGUCCUUGAGCCAUCUGAAACACCGCGCGGUGUUAAAAGCAGCCGCAAGACAAUCGACGCUUUUGAGUUGUAUGGCAGCUAUAUUGUCAUAACAAGCGGUGGUAUUGGCGGCGAUAUUGACUUGGUUAAAAAGAACUGGCCUGUACAAAGGCUCGGAGCUCCCCCAAAAUCAUUUGUUAUCGGCGUACCAGCUCAUGUCGAUGGACGAAUGAUCGAAAUCACAAAGAAAGCAGGAGCUAAUGUUAUCAACGAUGAUCGUAUGUGGCACUAUACCGAAGGACUGAGUAACUGGGAUUCUAUAUGGCCCCAGCAUGGAAUUCGAGUAAUUCCUGGUCCAUCCUCCCUCUGGCUGGAUGCUAGAGGUCACCGAUUGCCUUCAUUCUUAUUCCCUGGGUGCGAUACCCUUGCCACCUUGAAACACAUCUGCAGCACUGGCUACGAUUAUACCUGGUUUAUUUUGAAUAGAACUAUCAUCGCCAAAGAAUUCGCGCUUUCGGGAUCAGAACAGAAUCCAGACCUGACGAACAAAAGUAUUCUAGGAACGCUGCAGCGAAUCUUUGGAUCGUCACCUACUGGCCCUGUUCAAUCAUUCAUGAAGAACGGAGUAGACUUUGUAGUUGAGUCGUCCUUACCAGACUUGGUUGCUGGGAUGAACAAACUGGCCAACGAGCGAGAUGGUCCUUUGCUCGAACCUGAGCAACUUGAACGAGAAAUUAAACUCAGGGAUAUUCAAACCGAAAACAAGUACACAAAAGAUUCACAGUUGAUGCUGAUACAAAAUGCGCGCAACUACUGGCCUGAAAAGCGUAGCAGGGUCGCCAAACUUCAUAAGAUUCUUGAUCCUAACCACGGGCCAUUGAUCGCCGUACGGAUGAAUCUGCUGACUCGAAAGACAUUGGGAGGCCUGCAAACCGACCUCAAUUCAAAUGUGCUUCGCCCAGAUGGAUCAGUGUUUCCAAAUCUAUAUGCCGCCGGUGAGGUCGCUGGUUUUGGUGGUGGUGGGGUGCAUGGGUACAGCUCACUUGAGGGAACGUUCUUGGGUGGAUGCAUCUUUUCAGGAAGAACAGCAGGAAUCAAAAUAGCUGAGCAGGUGGCUCAAAAGCCAUUGAAGUCCGUUCUGUAGCUCUCGAGUAGCUUAUCAUUCGUUUGUGAAAGAGUAAUAAAUAGUUUUGACUCUCAAUCGAAUCGAGACUGUAGGAAUUCUAAGACCUCCCA